UUUGGUCACAGGAAUUUAUUCAAUGCGCGUAUCGCACUGAGGAAUGGAGAAGGAUUAAAUAUGAACCCCGCUCUGAAAAACAAACGAGUCGACGGCUGCCAGCAGCCGAAACGCAGCGCGCCAGGCACCGCCACAGAGAUGUGCCUCCAGGGCAUCACCAGAACCAGCAGCGUUCGGAGCCACGCUGCAGCUAGGAGCACAGCGGAGCGCGUUCCGCAGCGGGCACACGUCGUUCGGCGGGGCUCAGCUGCUGCGCGACAGCCACACGCCGCCAUGGCCGCCGAUGGCGGGCGGGAGCCUCGCCGCGGUCGCCCCGCCCCGCUAUUGUGUCUGGCGCUGAGGCGCCCGGCGCGCGCCUGAAGGACCCGAGCGAGAGGAGCCGAAGGGCAGCGGCGCGGCUGGAAGGCGCUUCCUCCGCCCGCUCGGCGGGCUCAGGCGUUCUCCGCGGGCACUCGCGUACAGCGAGGACCCCGCGCCGCUCGCUCCCGCGCCGCCUGCCUUACGCGCUCGCGUGCGCGCUCUCGCUCUCUCCCAUAGUAGCGCUGUGCGGAGGUGGAAGGAGCGGCGCGGGGCCGGAGUCGGCUGAGGCGGUCAUUCCUCUAGCGAGAGCGCGGCGCACCGAGUCCCCCCUCCCCCGGGCCACUCAGGCACACGAGAUGCCCUCGGCUACCAACAGCACCAUGGCGAGCAGCAGCAGCGGGAAGGCGGGCCCCGGCGGCAACGAGCAGGCCCCGGCGGCGGCGGCGUCGGCCCCGCAGGCGUCGGGCGGCAGCAUCACCUCGGUUCAGACCGAGGCCAUGAAGCAGAUCUUGGGCGUGAUCGACAAAAAGCUCCGCAACCUCGAGAAGAAAAAGAGCAAACUUGAUGACUACCAGGAACGAAUGAACAAGGGAGAACGUCUAAAUCAAGAUCAACUGGAUGCAGUAUCAAAAUACCAGGAAGUGACAAAUAAUCUGGAAUUUGCUAAAGAACUGCAGAGGAGCUUUAUGGCACUGAGCCAAGAUAUCCAGAAAACAAUAAAAAAGACAGCUCGCAGGGAGCAGCUGAUGCGAGAAGAGGCUGAGCAGAAGCGUUUAAAGACUGUGCUGGAGCUGCAGUUUAUUUUGGACAAGUUGGGUGAUGAUGAAGUGCGUAGUGACUUGAAACAAGGAUCAAAUGGAGUACCUGUACUGACAGAAGAGGAACUGACAAUGCUGGAUGAAUUUUACAAGCUAGUUUACCCUGAAAGAGACAUGAACAUGAGGUUGAAUGAGCAGUAUGAGCAAGCAUCUGUUCACCUGUGGGACUUACUGGAAGGGAAGGAAAAACCUGUUUGUGGAACAACCUAUAAAGCCCUAAAAGAGGUUGUUGAACGUAUUCUUCAAACUAGCUACUUUGAUAGCACCCAUAACCAUCAGAAUGGAUUAUGUGAGGAAGAAGAGGCAGCACCCACACCUGCAGUAGAAGACACUGCAGCAGAAGGUGAACCUGAUCCAGCAGAAGAAUUUACUGAACCUACUGAAGUUGAAUCAACUGAGUAUGUAAACAGACAAUUCAUGGCAGAGACUCAGUUCAGCAGUAGUGAGAAGGAACAGGUAGAUGAGUGGACAGUUGAAACGGUUGAGGUUGUAAAUUCACUGCAGCAACAAACACAGGCUACAUCUCCUCCAGUUCCUGAACCUCAUGCACUCACUACUGUGGCUCAAGCAGAUCCUCUUGUUAGAAGACAGAGAGUACAGGACCUUAUGGCCCAGAUGCAGGGUCCAUAUAACUUCAUGCAGGACUCUAUGCUGGAGUUUGAGAACCAGACACUUGAUCCUGCCAUUGUAUCUGCACAACCCAUGAAUCCAGCACAGAAUUUGGACAUGCCGCAAAUGGUCUGCCCUCCAGUUCAUACUGAGUCAAGACUUGCCCAGCCUAAUCAAGUUCCUGUGCAACCAGAAGCUACACAGGUUCCCUUGGUUUCUUCUACAAGUGAGGGAUAUACAGCCUCCCAACCCAUGUAUCAGCCUUCUCAUAGCACAGAGCAGCGGCCACAGAAGGAAUCAAUUGACCAGAUUCAGGCUUCAAUGUCACUGAAUGCAGACCAGACCCCGUCAUCAUCAUCACUUCCCACUGCAUCCCAGCCGCAAGUUUUCCAAGCUGGAUCUAGCAAACCUUUGCAUAGCAGUGGAAUCAAUGUUAAUGCAGCUCCAUUCCAAUCCAUGCAAACAGUAUUCAACAUGAAUGCACCUGUUCCUCCUGUUAAUGAGCCAGAAACCCUUAAGCAACAAAAUCAGUACCAGGCCAGUUACAACCAGAGUUUCUCCAAUCAGCCACACCAAGUAGAACAAUCAGAUCUUCAGCAAGAACAGCUCCAGACAGUGGUUGGUACUUACCAUGGUUCUCCGGACCAGACCCAUCAAGUGGCAGGAAACCAUCAGCAACCUCCCCAACAGAAUACUGGAUUUCCACGGAACAGCCAGCCUUAUUACAACAGCCGGGGAGUGUCUCGUGGUGGAUCACGUGGGACUCGCGGCUUGAUGAAUGGUUACAGGGGACCUGCAAAUGGAUUUAGAGGAGGAUAUGAUGGCUACCGUCCCUCAUUUUCCAACACUCCGAACAGUGGUUACACGCAGCCCCAGUUUAAUGCUCCUCGAGAUUAUUCGAACUACCAGCGGGAUGGAUAUCAGCAGAACUUCAAACGUGGUUCUGGACAAAGUGGGCCUCGGGGAGCUCCUCGAGGUCGUGGAGGACCCCCAAGACCAAACAGAGGGAUGCCUCAAAUGAACGCUCAGCAAGUGAAUUAAACAAAUUCACAGGAUUAUGUGAAAACGCCAAAAACACACUGGCCAGUGUACUAUACAUGUUACCAGAAGAGUUAUCAUCUAUUUGUUCUCCCUUACAGGAAGUUUGUUGUAAAGGGACUAUUUUCAUUACCCAUAAUGACAGGACUACAGUUGCCAGCUUUAUGUUACCUGGAUAUGGAAAGAAACGAAACAACGUUUACUCUGCAUGUUCUGUCCUAAGCAUCAUCUUGAGCCUUGCACAUGAGAUUCAGAUUCCUCACCCUUGCUAAGAAUAAUGCAAAAAAGGCAAUUUUCAGGGUGAUCCAGUCUCUCCAUGGUUAACUGAAGUGGCAGGAAAAAGCAAAGACUCACUUCUGAUAUUAAAAGUGAUGCAACAAAUUUGGAUAUAAUCUGCAAAUUCAUAAAGAAUUACUGUGGUGGCAAAACCUAAUGUGACGAAACUUAAUGUUCCCAUGAAAGGAUUGAAAAAGUGAAGUGUGGCUUGGUAGAGCAACUGCAUUUCAGCUUUUUCAUAUUAAACUGAAGCACUGAACAGUUAAAGAUGUGUAGCAAUGCGUAUUUCCCUAAGCAGGCUUAUAGCCAGUUUUUGACAAAGAAGAAGCGCCCUUAGCUACAGCGCUGCUCGUCACCAGGGCCCCGUUUACUGUGGCUAAGGAUUUAAGAUCGCUUGCAUAACUGCUAAUGUUAUUGUGUAAUUUUUUUUCAAGAAAAAAGCUUUGAUUUGGCACUUCAACAAAAUUUUGCAACAGAUGCGAGUUAUAAUCUGGAUGGCCACUGUAUAUUUGAUGUGAAGUAUUUAGAUAUCUCUUUGAAACACAUUUAAGUUUCUUUGAUAGCAAUGACUUUUGUAAGGAUUGGUACUCUCUAUCAUUCCUUAUGACUUGCACAUUGUCUGUCACUAAUACUUCACUUUGCUGUAUUAUCACCUAAAUAACUGAUGCCGGUACUGAUGGAAAUCUCUAAUGGAUAAUCAUAACACUUUUGGUCACAUGUCCUUUUGUCUUUCCUGCAGCCUUGAAGGUUUUAAGAAAUCUCAAAUGCCCGCUGCUGCUGCCCUUUUAAUUGCUAUCUUUUGAAAAGCACCAGUAUGUGUUUGAAUUGAUUUUCCCCUUUUAAGGGAAAUGACAGCCAGCAGUUACAGUUCUAAUGGUAUAAGCAAGACAAAUAAAACAUGUUUAUAAAAAUUGUA